AUGUAUAACUUCAACGAGGAGGUUCUGCUGUUCUUCCUGUUACACUGUUUUACAGAAGAAGGUUUAAAGGAAACAGUACACACGUUUGAGCGUGAAAGUGGGUUAUACUUUGACUUUAAAUAUUUUGAGGAGGUGGUACUUACAGGCCGGUGGGAUGAAGUUGAGAAAUAUCUUUCUGGAUUUACAAAAGUUGAAGACAAUAAUCAUUCAAUUAAAAUAUACUUUGAAUUGAGAAAACAAAGAUACUUCGAGGCUUUAGACAGCAACGAUCAAAGCAAGGCUAUAGAAAUCCUUACGAAGGAUCUAAAAGUCUUCCGUUCAAGAAAUGAGGAAGUAUUUAAAGAAUUGACUCAAUUAUUGACAUAUAACAACAUAAGGGAACAUGAAUUACUUUCAACAUAUCAAGAUGCAAUUUCUUCAAGAAAGAUUGUGAUGAAUGAAAUUAAGGAAAUCAUAGAGCAACAUCCUAUGCUCAAAGGAAAAUUGAAAUUUCCUGAUAUUGAUUGUCAGAGGCUAAAGCAUCUUCUAAAUGCAAGCUUAAAUUGGCAGCAUCAAAAUAAUGCUCCAGCUUCUCCAGAACAUGGCCUCUUUAUGAAUCAUGUCAAUCAUUUCAUACCAUCUACUGCUGCUGCAAUAAAUCAAGGAACAGCUUUGAAUAAUCUUGGGGUACCUAGUGAGAGUGGUAAAAAUUUGGAGGACCUGCAACCUGAUUUAAUUGAAAAAUCCCACAAAAUAUCAGAAAGUGUAUUUCAGAUUUGUACACCAUCUCAAUGCCAUAUGUUGCUACUUCCUAAACAGCCCGAAGAAAACAAGAUCGUUAGACUCGCUUACACAAAUUCGGGAAAUGGCAUUUUGGCAUUGACAUCAAAUGGUAAUCAUCUACUUUGGUUAUGGACACAUACUAGCAUUGAUAUGGGAGCCAAGGCAACAGCACAAGUUCAUCCUCAAUUGGCCAAAAAUGGUUUGGAAUUCAUGAGCAAUGACCUUACAAAUGCCAAUCGUGAAGAUUUAGUUUCUUGUUUUGCUAUAUCAAAAGCAGAUUCUUAUCUCUUAUCAACCUCAGGAGGGUUGGUUUCUUUGUUCAAUAUGGUAUCAUUUAAGACUCUAGUAACUUUCAUGCCACCUCCACCAAUGGUAACAAGUCUUGCCUUCUAUCCUAAAGAUAAUAAUACUUUUCUUAUUGGCUUGGAUGACUCCAGUAUACGUGUAUACAAUAUUCACAAGCAUGAUGAGGUUCAAAAGCUUGAGGGUCAUUCUAAACGAGUUUCUGCUCUUGCCUUCUCAAAUACUUUGAAUAUACUUGUUUCUGCUGAUGCAAGCCCUCAGAUUAUUGUAUGGGAUAGCAGUAGCUGGGAAAAAUUGAGAGAAAGAAACUUGCAAAUAGAUGGACCAAAUGUGCCACAAAUGUUUUCUGAAACUCACAUUCAAUUUCACCCUGAUCAGCAAAAUUUUCUUUUUGUACAUAAAAUUCAUCUUGCAAUUUAUGAAGCAACAGAACUAAAAUGUGUCAACCAGUGGGAUUCAAAUUUUCCAACAGUUAUCUGCCAAGCAACAUUCUCAUCUAAUGGUCAAAUGGUGUAUGCUUGUUUUCUUGAUGGGAAUUUGGCAAUAUUUGAUGCAUCAAAUUUUCAAAUGCAUUAUAACAUUCAGCCUUCUGUUUACCACCUUUCAUCAAUUCCCAGUGUGAAAAUCUACCCAACUGUUUUAGCUGCACAUCCACAGAAACCAAACCAAUUUGCAGUAGGGUUAACCGAUGGUUGUGUUUAUGUGUUUGAGCCAAAGGAACCAUGUGGUAAUUGGAUCAUGUCUCAAGUUGAUAAGGAAAAAGCUAACAGCAUAGGGAGUCAAGGUUGA